AUGGAGAAAAGGGAGGAGGCGAAAGAGGUGGUGGAAGACGAGGAGCAAGUAGUGAACCCAUGGGAAGUAUCAGCAAAAGACGGCGGCAAGAUUGACUACGACAAAUUAAUCGAUAAAUUCGGUUGCCAGAGGCUCGACGACUCCUUAAUCCAGCGUGUUCAACGCCUCACGAAUCGGCCGGCUCACGUUUUUCUCCGCCGCGGUGUUUUCUUCGCUCAUCGUGAUUUCAGCGAUAUAUUGGAUGCUUAUGAAAAAGGGCAAAAGUUCUAUUUAUACACAGGCAGAGGACCUUCUUCUGAAGCCUUGCAUUUGGGUCACCUUAUCCCCUUCAUGUUCACCAAAUAUUUGCAGGAUGCAUUUAAAGUGCCGCUAGUAAUACAAUUGACAGAUGAUGAGAAAUGUAUGUGGAAGAAUUUGUCAGUGGAAGAAAGCCAAAGACUUGCUCGUGAGAAUGCUAAAGAUAUUAUAGCUUGUGGAUUUGAUGUUUCCAAGACUUUCAUUUUCUCAGAUUUCGAUUAUGUUGGUGGGUGGUUGGCAUUUUUGGUUUCACAG